AUGAGCGACGAGGAGCAGUUGCAGGCACCGACCCACAAGAAGGCGACCAAAGUCGGCGGCAGGCGGGUGGGCCAAGACAAAGCGCACCACCACGCCAGCAGCGAACAACAAAAGUCCACCGCCCGCUCCAUCGUGGCCGACAGUUUGAACGCUGCGCCCGACCUGGAGCUGACACCGACCCAGAAGGAGGAGGAGAAGCUGGCCAGGCUGAGCCAGUCGCCCCAGAAGGAGAAGAUGUGCUACCCGCAGGGCCAGCCCACCAGGGAGAAGCCCCACCACAAGCAGGGCGCGACCCACAGCAACCCAGUCAUCCACCAGCCCACGCGAGGCGUGUAG